AGCCUCGCAGCCCGUCCAUUUCCCUCGCGUGCCGCGUCACCCACCCGCGGCAUGAGCAGCGCCUCCGCGCCUGGCCCGGCGCCCGCCAGCCUCACGCUCUGGGACGAGGAGGACUUCCAGGGCCGUCGCUGUCGGCUGCUGAGCGACUGUGCGAACGUCUGCGAGCGCGGAGGCCUGCCCAGGGUGCGCUCGGUCAAGGUGGAAAACGGCGUUUGGGUGGCCUUUGAGUACCCCGACUUCCAGGGACAGCAGUUCAUUCUGGAAAAGGGAGACUAUCCUCGCUGGAGCGCCUGGAGUGGCAGCAGCAGCCACAAUAGCAACCAGCUGCUGUCCUUCCGGCCAGUGCUCUGCGCGAACCACAAUGACAGUCGUGUGACACUGUUUGAGAGGGACAGCUUCCAAGGCUGCAAGUUUGACCUCGUUGAUGACUACCCAUCCCUGCCCUCCAUGGGCUGGGCCAGCAAGGAUGUGGGUUCCCUCAGAGUCAGCUCCGGAGCGUGGGUGGCCUACCAGUACCCAGGUUACCGAGGCUACCAGUACGUGUUGGAGCGGGACCAGCACAGCGGACAGUUCCGUACUUACAGUGAGUUCGGCACACAGGCCCACACUGGGCAGCUGCAGUCCAUCCGGAGAGUCCAGCACUAGGCUCCAUGGCCCCAGACACCUUCCCUGAGGACACUCAAUAAAGGUUCCUGAAUCUUCCUGCC